GCAUCCGCGGUCCCUCCACUUUUCCAGGCAGCUUCGGCAAUGAGCAAGACAAUUGAAAACUAGACCGACAACCAAUAAGCCUGAUAGGAUCGGUCUGGUUUUCAAGGCCUGCCGAGUCUUUGUGUCGAUAGAAUCUCGAUACCAAAGCUUAUUGCGGUUCUCCGGAGCUAAUUCUUGAGCCAAGCGUCGACUCAUACUUCCCCGCCAUAGUGAGAUUGCAAAGCUUUGACUUAUUGUCAUACCGUUUGCCUUUGCUCUGUCUAUCUAUAAGUCAGAUCUUCAACCAACCUUUUCCCGCGGCGGACGAACACACGAUCACCUCCCGUAUUAGCGCACCAAACACGUACGAACUGCACACCGUUUCAUUGAUUGUGGGAACCGAAGGUUGUAUCCAAAUUUACAAUAUACUAUGGCUGGCAAUCGGACUCGACGUAUUGCUAAGGAAUUGGCCGAUAUUCAUGCCGACACCCAUUCGCAAAUCACGGCGGAGCCCAUCGGUGGACAGGAUGAUGUGACACACCUAAGAGGAAUCUUCCCAGGGCCUCCAGAUACUCCCUAUGAGGGCGGUACUUACAAGGUUGAUAUCAAGAUCCCGACCGACUAUCCUUUCCGGCCUCCACUUAUGAAGUUUGAAACCAAAGUCUGGCAUCCGAAUGUCAGCAGUCAAACAGGUGCUAUCUGCCUCGAUACUUUGUCCAGUGCUUGGUCUCCGGUUCUCACAAUUAAAUCUGCCCUGAUCUCAUUGCAGUCCUUGCUAAGCACCCCAGAGCCCAAGGAUCCGCAAGACGCUGAGGUUGCCAACAUGAUGCUUCAACGACCGCAGGAAUUCCAGCGUGUGGCACGCGAAUGGGCCGUGAUUUAUGCGGGUGCCCCUGCAGAUGAUUCCAGCCAAGCAGGAACUGCGGAAACGCCCUUCACGGUUGAGGAUGAUUCUCUAGCUCAGUAUAAUGGCUAUGACAAAGCGCUGGUUGACAACUUUGGUGCAAUGGGGUUCCAAGUACCAGACAUUGUGAGAAUCUUCGGGGAGCUUGGAAUUAGCCAGCGCAGUCACCAGCUAGAUGAGGGUCAAGUCGAUGAUGUUUGUGCGCGCCUGCUAGCAGGGCUAUGAUAAAAGGGGAUAUAUUGCAUUGAUCUGCGUGUGUAGGAUUGACAUAUAAUAGCCUGAAAUCUCAAAUCAAAAAACCUUAGAGCUGUUCCCUGUCUGAAUUUGAAGAAAACCGAU